GCGGCCCUAAUGUGGUUGUCAAAUCGUAGAGAUGCUGAAAUUAUCGGAGCGGUGAAAGCACUAGCGUUGCGUUUGGGAGGCGGGAAGGCUGACGCCUUCGGAACGCCGGCGUAAAGACGUGGCCACAAACUUGCCAAUGAACUUUACUCCGCGGCGGUGUACCUCGGUCAGUUCUUGCGGCACUAACCGCGAUCCGACCGACAUGGAACUAGUUUCGGAGUCGUUCAGCUCCGAAAGCUGCGAGGCGAAGAUGAAGGACGAGUACAAGUACACGAACGAGGAGCACUCGGACUCCAUCCUCAAGGGUCUCGGCGCUUUCCGGGCUAGCAAAGCAUUCUGCGACGUGGUGCUGUGCGCCGAAGGGGCAGAAUACCCCUGCCACAAAGUUGUGCUCGCGUCGUUCAGCCCUUACUUCCGGGCCAUGUUCUCGAGUCAGAUGGCCGAGCAGACGCAGAACCGCGUCGUCCUCAACGGCGUCGAAGCCGAGACGCUACGGGACUUGAUAGACUACGCGUACACGUCUAGCGUAACCAUUACCCGGGCUAACGUCCAGUCGCUACUGUCAGCCGCCAACCUUCUGGACGUGGGUCCCGUCAAGGAUGUCUGUUGCGCCUUCCUCGAACAACACAUCGACGAGACCAACUGUCUCGGAAUCCACACUUUCGCGGAAAUGCACGCCUGCACUGACCUCCAGGCCAAGGCCAAGGACUACGCGUGCCGAUCCUUCGAAAUGGUCAUGCGUCAUGAGGAGUUUCUAGAGAUAUCGGCCAACAAGCUGGUUGAGUUCAUCUCCUCGGACAACCUGAAGAUCGACAAAGAGGAACGCCUCUUCGAAGGCGCCCUAUCCUGGCUCAAGCAAAGCCCCGAGUCCCGUAUGGAAGGCUUCGAGAAGAUCUUCGAACACAUACGCUUGCCUCUCAUGAGCACGUAUUACCUGGUAGAUGUAGUGGCCACAACGCCAGCCGUGUCCCAGAACCAGAGGUGCUGCCAGCUGCUCGAGAAGGCGAAGGCAUACCACCUGUUGCCAGACAGGCGGAAAGAAAGCCACCAACCAUGGACUACUGUUCGGAAGAACUCCUCUAUGGUCGAGGUUACUGUCCUGGUUGGAGGUGAAGAUGAUAAAGUGGUCCUGCGUAAUGUGGACUGCUACGCCCACAACAGCCGCUCCUGGCUAAGUCUCGCUUCUCUCCCGUACGCUGUGAGCAAGCACGGCGUGACUGCAAGUGGCCAGAAUUUCCUUUUCAUGGCUGGUGGUGAAUACCCAGAUGGAUCUGUCAGCAAGGCGGCAUGGCGUUUCGAUCCGGCCUUGAAUACCUGGUCUGAAGCAGCUCCAAUGAGCGUUGCGAGGUCUGAAGUGGCCCUUGCAGCACUUGACGGCUGCGUGUAUGCCAUCGGUGGCUGGGAUGGUACAUCACGCCUCGCCUGUGUAGAGUGCUAUGACCCUGCCAGCAACCGGUGGGACAUUGUGCAACCGAUGAAGGUCCCGCUGACGUGUCCCGCAGUGGCGUCGCUUCAUGGGAAGCUGUUUGUCACUGGUGUGGCAGUCGCCGACAUUGGCGGUAGCUGUGCUGACAGCGUCAAGUCCUACAACCCAAUCGCCGAUGACAUCGACAGCAUCAACAGUGUUCAGUGUUAUGACCCCAAGGCCGAUUCUUGGAAGGAGCUGACGCCGAUGCUGAUGCCACGGUCGGGUGCGGCCUCGUGCGUGUUUGACCGGAAGAUCUACGUGAUCGGUGGCUGGCACGUGUCGGAAGAGAACACCAACAAAGUCGAGUGCUUUGACCCACGGACAAACGUGUGGCGCUUUUGUAGGCCCAUGAAAGAGCGCCGAUACAAGCCUGGUGUGGCCGUUGUCGGGAACAGGAUUUUUGUGUUUGGCGGCGAAGAGAGCUGGGACCAGCAUCAUGCGACAAUGGAGGUCUACGAUGCGCAAGCGGACACAUGGCUUGGCGUGUGGGAAAUGCCCCUGAAAAGGAGUUGGCUCGGGUGUGCAACGUUAAGCAUCCCAGUGCAAAUGUUUGAUGAGGAACACGAGUGGGUAGCUCCGGAAAUGUGAAUGCUGGUCUUGUUAACACCACACCCUAGUAUUUUGGGUUUUGCUGUCGCUGUUGUACACUUUUUGGUACAGAAUUAGCUUUUUUUUCUUUGCUGCUAUUGUGCCAACAGGUGACACUGAAUGUACAGUUUGAUGCUCUGUAACAGUGCUUUCCAAUCUGUGAUAUUCAUAACUUGCCAAGGCUAUGCUGCAUGUAGCGAAUAAUUUGGCCAUGUUGCAUGCCCUUUUAAUAUUAAAGCACGAGCAGCAAUACAGACAAUUACUUGUUCAAAGUGGUACUGUCUGCUGCAGCUAAGAGAAUUUGAACCAUUUGGAACGAUUACUUCAUCCCAAAAGCUCAUUUAGUAUUGUAGAUGAUGAUUACCAAAAGUUUGGCUUCCAAGAUUAUAUGAUGUGCAAGUUCCAAAAGAUGCCUACACUUAUCUAUUCACAAGUUCUUACGCUAUUAAAGCAGCCAAGCAGAUUUUUAUAUCUGUACUCAAGGAAACUCGCGUCUCCUUCUGUGGUCACGGGUCACAUUUGAAGCACUGUUGUGUCGCUUACAACUGUCCGCUACUAGUACUCGCCAUUUUGCCAUGAGCCAUAAUUGCCAGAUGUGGUCGUCUAGUCACUAAUGAUAAUUUCCAAGUGCCAGCUCAUGCCUUAUAACCAAAAGCUUUGCAAAGUUUAAAAGCGUUAAGCCAUGGCCAGCGGCCAUGGGUAAGCACUAGGAAUAUUGAGACUGUUUAAUGUUCUCAGCCAGAGAUGGAAGUAUGCACAUGUUGGAGUCUUUCCAGAUGCAUUGACUGCACAGUGCAGAGGUGCGAGGACUUCGCGCACACGUAACUUAACUCUCGCCUAGAAAUACUGAUGAGGCACGUGCAUUUAUUCUUUAAGAAAGUAUGGUGGGCAUUGUGAUACGUGCGGGCGACCAGGCCAUUUGUUGCUUGCUUGGCACAAACAUCUCAUUUUAUCUUAGUCUUAGCUUUUAGUGUAAAUGUGCGAAAAGAAACGAGGCCAUUUGUUGCUUUUAUUAACUUCUUAGUGUAUAUGUGCAAGAAAAACUAGGCCAUUGGUUGUUUGCUAGGCAUGAACAUUUUAUUUUUUAUAUUUUUAUUUUUCAAUUAAGGUGACCACAGCCUCCAACAACUACUCCUAUUGGUGUGAAUAAACGAGUUUAUAUUACAUCGGGG